AUGGCCAGAGCUGGGAUUAUGAAGACCAAGUCAUUGUUCCUUGUUAGGGAGGUUGAAGUUAAACGAACUGGACGUCGCAUGAGCAAGCUUGGAGGGUCAUAUAAUAGUAUCAAAUUGAAAGAAUCAGUAGAUGGCGAGGAUAAGGUGCAGCAGGAGCACGAUGGACAACUUUGCUGGUUUCCUCAUCCUCGUACUGGAAUAUACUUUCCCAAAGGCCAUGAACGGGUGAUGGAUGAUGUUCCAACUGAUGCAGCAUCCUUCGAUCAGACUUACUGGUUCAGGAACAGCGAGGGAGUUGAUAGACGAGAUCCACCUUAA